CCCUCUCCCUCCUUCCCUCCCCCCUCCCCUGGUUAGCUCCACACCGUUUCCCAGCUUCUCCUUUCCGAGUCGCCACCUCGAAUUCAUAAAAUGUUGCGGCUUCAUUGCAAAGAUUUUCGUUGCGUGGAAUGUGUGAGGUUGCAUGUUCAUGCUUUUUGUUCCUUCCCCGCUCUCCUUUCUGAAAGGCUUUGUGUCUUUGCUGUCUGAGUGCCUUCGUCUGGCGGCCAAUGAUUGCACUGGGUGUUUUUUUUUACACGCUGCAAUUUCUAUCUAGUUCAUCUUGAUCAAUGAAGAGGUGAAAACAAAGACUGAAGAUUUAUUUCUUGUAGGACAUGUAUCGGUGUUACAUUUUACAGUGGGAAAACAGUCACGGUGGCGCAGCGGCAGAGUUGCUGCCUUACAGCGAAUGCAGUGCCGGAGACCCGGGUUCGAUCCCGACUACGGGUGCUGUCUGUACGGAGUUCUCUGCGUGACCCGCGUGGGUUUUCUCCGAGAUCUUCGGUUUCCUCCCAUACUCCAAAGAUGUACAGUUGGAAGACUGUUGAUAGAAUUCAGCUCCCUGAUGACGAUGGAGAAAGUUCAAAGAGAGAACCCAGAUGUACGAGAAGGAGGCAAAUACACACCAGCCGACUGUAUAGCUAAGCAAAGAGUUGCCAUCAUAAUUCCAUUCAGGCACAGGGAACACCACUUGAAGUUCUGGCUCCAUUACUUGCAUCCCAUUCUCCACAGACAGAAGAUCAACUAUGGCAUUUAUAUCAUAAACCAGCAAGGUGAAGGCAUGUUCAACCGAGCAAAGUUACUGAACAUUGGUUACAUGGAGGUACUGAAGGAUGGAGAUUAUGACUGCUUUGUAUUCAGUGAUGUCGACUUGAUCCCGAUGGAUGACCGAAACCUCUACCAUUGUUAUGACCAGCCGCGUCACUUUGCAAUUGCGAUGGAUAAAUUUGGAUUCAGGCUCCCAUACAAUGGAUAUUUUGGUGGCGUCUCAGGAUUGAGCAAGGAACAGUUUCUAAAAAUAAAUGGCUUCCCAAAUGAAUACUGGGGCUGGGGCGGUGAGGAUGAUGAUAUUUAUAACAGAAUAACACUGAAAGGUAUGAAAGUAUCCCGACCUGACUCCAGGAUUGGAAAAUACCGAAUGAUAAAGCAUGAACGAGACAAGCACAAUGAACCCAACCCCCAGAGGUUUACAAAAAUCCAGAACACAAAGUUAACCAUGAAGCAAGACGGGAUCAACACCUUGAAAUACAAGCUGGUGAACAUAGCCAAGUACCCGAUGUACACAAACAUCACAGUGGACAUUGGCAUUCCGCCACCUCGAGUUUCAAGGGGAUAACAGGUUGUGAUAGUUUUCCUGUUGCCCUGUGCUUCAUUGCGGACAAGUCUUUCCGUCUGUCAUUCUCUGUCUUUCUCUUUCUGUCUCCAAAGAAUUACAGUGAAUACAAGAUAAAAUAAAGAAAACUAACAAAGCAUGUGGAAGUGAGAGGAAAUAAAAAAAAUCCUCUUGCUCUGUAAGACUGCUGAAGUGCUGCCUUCUGGAAUUGAGAGAUGUAAAGCCGACAAGACCAGGUUGACAUGAUCUGGGAGGAUUAUUCUUUUUAAGCUCUUUUAUUGGUGUGAAAUCAAGUGGGAAAUGAAGCUCCGUACAAUCUCUUUAGUACUGUUAACAAAAUCCUUGGUCUCUCUGAAUGUGACUUCCUCUAACAAACAAAAACCUUGCUCUGUUUCAAUCUGGCUCACUGGAGUAUCAUUGCCUCAAAAUCUUGGGGCAGAUUCCUUUAGUUGCCAGCGAGACCUUAUAUUACAAGAAAAUGUGCCUGCAAGGUCAUUAUGGAUCACAGCUAUUUUAACUCUUUGAGUGCUGAAUAAUCUUUGCAGCUUUCAGAAUCACUGUAUGCUCAUGUUUUCUACCAUAUAACAUAAGGGGUUUCUUGUAAAUUUCUAAUAUUGAAUGUUAUUAAAAAAAAUAAAAUCAUGAAAGGAAAACUCAAGAAAAAUCUCCGGAUUUACAGAAUUUGAUAAAUAAAUAGAAAGA